GGUGAGGCAACAUGACAGCCGCUCCUGGCCCAGACUUUCCGUCGGGACGGGGCGUAAAGAAAGGGAAGCCCAGUCCCGCCGCCCAGGAGGGAGGAGGGGACUCGGCGGCGAUGGAGCUGAACUUAGGCGCGAGUUUUGGGAGAAGUUUUUAGACUUGGGCAAAAGGUCUCGCGCUGACAGCCCGCAAAACUUGGCGGGAAUGCAGCCUCUCCCUCUCCUUUUCUUCUCUCCCCCGACGCCGCAGCCUCCGCUCCGGAAUCGAGCCGCCGCUACGAAUCCCAUCCCUGAGGCGUUUUCCCGCGGGCGAUUUUCACUAGCUCGGCCGCUCUUCUGCUCGGCUUGAGCGAGGGGAGCCCCGCUGGCCGAGACGGGCGGCCGGGCGAGAUUUCCCCCUUUGGCGGGAGAUGAUGCCGGCAUCUUAGGAGCCUCUCGUCUAGGCUUAGAGGCUCGGUCCAGUAUGGCCGUCUAUGCCCUGACUGGCUUCUCCCUGGUCAGCCUGCUGAGCUUCGGCUACUUAUCCUGGGACUGGAUGAAGCCCGGUCUGGUGGCUGAGGUUUCGGGGGACCCGGCGGGGAAACCUCGCCUCCCGCCUGCUUUCUCCAGGCCUCCCCACAUCAUUUUCAUUCUGACCGACGACCAGGGCUAUCACGAUGUGGGCUACCACGGCUCGGACAUCCAGACUCCGACGCUGGACAGGUUGGCUGCCGAAGGGGUUAAACUGGAGAAUUAUUACAUCCAGCCCAUCUGCACGCCUUCCAGGAGUCAGCUUAUCACGGGAAGGUACCAGAUCCAUACAGGUCUUCAGCACUCAAUCAUCCGUCCCCGACAACCAAAUUGCUUGCCUCUAAACCAGGUCACUCUCCCGCAGAAGCUGCAGGAAGCCGGCUACUCUACCCACAUGGUUGGCAAAUGGCACUUAGGCUUUUAUCGUAAAGAAUGCUUGCCAACCCGUAGGGGCUUUGAUACCUUCCUGGGCUCACUGACAGGAAAUGUGGAUUAUUAUACAUAUGACAACUGUGACGGGCCAGGAAUAUGUGGGUAUGACCUUCACGAUGGGGAAAAUGUAGCCUGGGAACAAAGUGGCAAGUAUUCGACAUUCCUUUACACCCAGAGAGUCAGAAAAAUUUUGGCAACCCACAAUCCCAAGGAGCCUCUCUUCAUCUACAUAGCAUUCCAGGCAGUGCAUACCCCUUUGCAGUCCCCAAAGGAAUACAUCUAUCGCUAUCGUUCCAUGGGCAACGUUGCCCGCCGCAAAUAUGCUGCCAUGGUCACAUGCAUGGAUGAAGCUGUGAAGAAUAUCACCUGGACCUUGAAGAAAUACGGCUACUAUGACAACAGUAUUAUUGUUUUCUCUACAGAUAAUGGAGGGCAGACGUUCUCUGGGGGAAGCAAUUGGCCAUUGCGAGGCCGCAAAGGAACAUAUUGGGAGGGAGGAGUGCGUGGCAUUGGAUUUGUCCACAGUCCACUGAUUAAACGCAAGCGAAGGACCAGCAGGGCGCUCAUCCACAUAACUGACUGGUACCCAACCUUAGUAUCUUUGGCUGGGGGCAAUGUGUCUGAAGCAGAUGGCUUGGAUGGCUAUAAUGUGUGGCCAGCUAUCAGUGAGGGCAAAGAGUCACCCCGCACUGAAAUCCUGCACAACAUUGACCCUUUGUAUAAUCGUGCUAAAUAUGGCUCUUUAGCGAAUGGCUUUGGCAUCUGGAACACAGCAAUACAGGCCUCUUUACGGGUGGGAGACUGGAAACUUCUUACUGGAGAUCCUGGCUACAGUGACUGGAUCCCACCACAGACUCUAACCAACUUCCCGGGGAGUUGGUGGAACUUAGAGCGCCUGACAGAUGGGAUGCGGCAGUCUGUCUGGCUUUUCAACAUUACAGCCGAUCCCUAUGAGCGCUAUGAUCUGUCAGAACAGCGUCCUGAUGUGGUCAGGGCUCUGCUUUUUAGGCUAGUUAAUUACAACCAGACUGCCAUCCCUGUCAGAUAUCCUGCAGAAAACCCACGAGCUCACCCUGACUUUAAUGGUGGCGCCUGGGGACCUUGGGCCACAGAAGAGGAUGAAAGAUGGGAAGUAGGGCAUGGAAAGCCAAAAAACAAAAAGAGGAAAAAGAAGUGCAAGAUCUGUAAGCUACGGUCCUUCUUCAAAAAGUUGAACACCAGAAUGAUGUCAAACCGCAUCUGAGAUGGGACAGGCUGGGUUAUUGCCAGAA